AUGACGAAGCGGCGUCGAAGAACCAGCACUCAGACUUUCAUCAUCAUCCUGGCCUGCUUUGAUCUUUUCCUCUGCGUCUUCGCUUUCAUUGCCGUGAUCGGGCUUUCGAUCACCGACGAGAUCUUCUCGCUCAAAUCGUGUCGAGGCGUUUAUUCCAUUUGUAUCGUCUCGGUAAUGCAGUCGCUGUUGGUGAUGACAGCCAUAGCUGCCGAUCGGUACUCCACCGUGUGCUAUCCACAUCGGAAGAGAUUGACCACAAGGUCAACGUGUUUGGUUGCUGGUGUGUGUCUUGCAAUAUCGACGAUGUUCGCAACUACCAUAGGGAUCAACGUCAGAGCUGUUCAAGCUAGCUACGGUGAUCUUGUGCAUCGUUGUUACAUGGCUCCCGACAGCUGGGGAAUAAGUUUCAAAAAGGGUAUGAUUGGACUAGCGGCCUUGUGUAUCGUCGCUGUCAUUCUUCUCUAUUUGAUGGUCUACUGGAAACUGAGGAAGCACCGUCGUGUCCAAGCGGGGCUCGGGAGCAACUUGGUGCAGGGUGAUUCGACUAGAACUAAACAGUGUUUAUCGGUUCCUCAAAGCAGGAUGAAGUCGCAGGAUGUAGGAGUUGGUGAAACAGAACGCACAGUAUUGGAUCAGCGAGAGAAGCCGAGUUGUGCUGGAAAAGUCGCUACUGUUUCAAGUACAGUCCACGGCAAAUGUCAGGAUAAAAGAGUAAUACUAGAGGCAAGUUUUAUCGAACAAAGGGAAUCUUCUCAACUGCCUACUACAAUGCCUAAAAUGAAACAGAACCUCAUCUACAACGAGGGAAAUAUAAAUGAUAGAAAUCAACUAUCUGAUAGUAUAGCUAGGCAACUUGUUAAAUCUCCGGAGGCGAAUAACGCAGUUCCCUCGUUCAAAUUGGACAAAAGACAUAAAGGAAACGGGUUGGAAGGCAUCCGCGUUGGUAGUAUUUCUCGUUCGGAACGACAAGCCACUAACAUGAUGUUGGUUGUAACAAUCAUUUUGGUGGUGUCAUGGUGCCCUUCUAUUGUCUCCUUCGCCACCUCUAACCAGGACCUGGUCCACGUCGCAAAGAGCAAGCCCGCCCUUUACGUCGUGAUCUAUCUCCUGAAGUUUACGGUCUUCAUCAGCAACGCCAUAAACCCAUUCGUGUAUACGUUCAUGAACAAACGGUUUAGAGAAGAGAGCUGGCAGGAAUUGCGACGGUGCUGUUGUCUUUUACGCUGGCAAAGAACAUAACUACCAUUUAAGAAGUUUAUAUAGUAAACCUGUAAAUUAUUGUCUGUGCCAUAAUAAAAGUAAGCCGACACUUACAAGCAGCAUCUAACAAUAAUUUGUUAUGGAAAACUGUAAAGGAACUCUUAUGCAAAAAAAAGUACAAAAAAAUAAUAAAUGCUUCUUAAUAAAUGAACAACAAAUAACAGAUCCAAUUGAAAUUUCAAAAGCUUUUAAUGAGUAUUAUAUAGAUGUAGGCCCUAAUUUAGCAGCUAAUAUUGAUUCAGGUGACAUGGACUACAAUAAGU